CCGUCCGCCGCCUAUAAAACUCCUCCAUUCCCACGCCAUGGUAUCCUUCUCUAACAUCUCACUACAUCAUCCUUCCCCCGCUCCGCAUUUUUCCGCCGCAAUGGACUCCGUCGACACAUGGGGUCUUGCGCCUCUCUCCUCUGUCGAUCCAGAGAUCCACGACCUCAUCGAAAAGGAGAAGCGCCGGCAGUGCCGCGGGAUCGAGCUCAUUGCCUCCGAAAACUUCACUUCCUUCGCCGUCAUUGAAGCCCUUGGCAGCGCGCUCACCAACAAAUAUUCCGAGGGCAUGCCCGGCAACCGCUACUAUGGCGGCAACGAAUUCAUUGACGAGAUUGAGAACCUUUGCCGAUCCCGCGCUCUCGAAGCCUUCCAUCUUGAUCCCGAGAAGUGGGGCGUCAACGUCCAGCCUUAUUCUGGCAGCCCGGCUAAUUUCGCCGCUUACACCGCGGUCCUUAACCCCCAUGAUAGAAUCAUGGGCCUCGAUCUGCCCUCAGGCGGCCACCUCACUCAUGGAUACUACACAGCCGGUGGGAAGAAGAUCUCUGCCACUUCGAUCUACUUUGAGAGCUUGCCGUAUAAGGUGAAUUCCUCGACGGGGUACUUGGAUUAUGAGAAACUCGAGGAAAAAGCCUUGGAUUUCCGCCCUAAGCUCAUAAUUUGUGGCGGGAGUGCGUACCCGAGGGAUUGGGAUUAUGGGCGGUUCAGAUCCAUUGCUGAUAAGGUCGGUGCGCUGCUGCUUUGCGACAUGGCUCACAUCAGUGGCCUUGUUGCUGCGCAGGAAGCUAAUGAUCCAUUUGAGCACUGUGAUAUCGUCACAACCACAACACACAAGAGCCUCAGAGGCCCAAGAGCUGGCAUGAUCUUCUACAGGAAGGGCCCGAAGCCACCGAAGAAGGGACAGCCAGAGAAUGCAAUUUAUGAAUUUGAAGACAAAAUUAACUUUGCAGUUUUUCCUUCCCUUCAAGGAGGUCCUCACAAUCACCAGAUAGCCGCAUUAGCUGUCGCACUGAAACAGGCCUCAUCGCCGGGAUUCAAGGCAUAUGCCAAGCAGGUUAAGGCAAAUGCUGCCGCCCUCGGAAAGUAUUUGAUAAAGAAGGGAUACAAUAUUGUUACCAAUGGGACAGAGAAUCACCUUGUCCUUUGGGAUCUUCGUCCUCUUGGCUUGACUGGGAACAAGGUGGAGAAGGUUUGUGAUCUCUGCAACAUAACACUCAACAAAAAUGCUGUUUUUGGUGACAGCAGUGCUUUGGCUCCUGGUGGCGUCCGUAUAGGUGCUCCUGCCAUGACCUCUAGAGGAUUGGUCGAGAAGGAUUUUGAGCAAAUUGCAGAGUUUCUCCACCAAGCAGUAACCGUUACCCUGAGCAUCCAGAAGGAACACGGUAAGCUCCUGAAGGACUUUAAUAAGGGUUUAGCGAACAAUGAGGACAUUGAGAACCUCAAGGCUGCUGUAGAGAAGUUUUCCGCUUCAUUUGACAUGCCCGGCUUUCAGACUUCUGAAAUGAAAUACAAGGACUAGACUCGUACGUCUCACCGAAUAUUACAUCUUCCUUUGUAUUUCUGAGUUUUCUGUCUCUUUAUGGAUUUGUUUUUCAUCUUUUUUUUUUGGCUAUCUAAUUAUUUGAACUUGUUUUUGUUUGA